AUGGUGCGGAAGCAUGGCAGUCUUACCAAAGACGAAGAAAUCAACGAAGCCUCGUGGGUAGCCGCCAGAGGCGCCGCGGUCGGAGCCUGCAAAGUGCGUAUUUACGAUGUCAAGUGGGGAUUGUUCUCGGCAGUUGCGGCGGGGGUGGCGUUCACGUUCAGUCCGUUGUAUAGAGGGUUGACGAUUCAGAUGAAAGUUUUUCUCCAAAUGUCAGGCAUGACCUUCGGCUCCAUCGUCGAAGCCGACCGGCGCCUAAUCCAACACGAGAAACUCAUGCGCAACCGCAAGAAAAUCGCCCGCGACGCCGAAGUCUGGCGCAUGUACGAAGAAGACUACGAGCGGCAGACCGGCGAGACCGCACCAACACAGCAGCAACCACAGCAACAGGAUAACCUUUCAUCGAAGGAGACAUAG